AAUAUAUUGCACUCUUAAAUGUGAUAUCAACGUUUUUUGCGUAAGCGCCUCAAAAUCUGAGUAUCAAAAUGAUCUGUGGGAAAUAAUACAGCAGAAGAAAACAGCAAAUUGGCGAUCUAUGAGUGAAAGUAUAGGGUCGUUUGUCAUCCCUUGCUGAUUUAUCCACGCCCCUCACACUCACGAUCUUGUGUUUCUCUCCCUUACUAAGCACUGUCGUCGUUUUUGUGGCAAGCAGUGCGAUCCGCUUCUUUUUAUUUAAGUGCUCCUGCUUUUAUAGAUCAUUUAGUCAGCGUUUCCCCUUGACCAGACAUAUAUAUUAAACUACUCCAGGUGCUUUUAAGAGAACCGAUUGAAGGAUUUACGUGACGCGUUUUGGUUGUAGACCUUCUGGCUGUCAGCUGAUCGUUUUCAUGCCAUCGACGAGAAGAAAAAGUGCUUGUGGACCACAUUGCUUCUUGGAUUAUUAUGGCCGAAAUACAGAAGUCGCCCGGAGCGUGUUGUUAUGUGCGCGGUGCGGAGUUUGCUAGCCAAUUAUGAAGACUAUUUAGAUGAAGAAUAAAACUUGGAUAAAUGCGUCUUCUUGCCGACCACCAAAGAACAAUGAACAGUGGUUCUAGCAACUUUCUGCUAGUUCCUAUACCGGAGCAUCCCGUCCCAGACUGCGUGCCCAACAAAAACGUUAAGAUCGUUGUUCUGGGCGCAAGCAACGUCGGGAAAACAGCUUUAAUCGUGAGGUUUCUCACCAAACGAUUCAUUGGAGAUUAUGAAGCUAAUACUGGGGCUCUAUAUUCAAGGAAGAUCAGUCUGGAUGGGGAGGUAGUAUCUUUGCAAGUUCAAGACACCCCGUGCGUUGCUUUGCAGGAUGACGGUGAAGGCCUGCUUUGCCAGGAGCAGAUUAAUCGCUCCAUCUACUGGGCGGAUGGUUACGUGAUGGUGUUCUCCAUCACCGAUCCCGGGAGCUUCCGCACCGUCUUGCCCUUGUAUCAACACGUCCGGCGCAUUCACCCCAGCGGCAGCAUUCCCAUCAUCCUAAUGGGCAACAAGAGCGACCUGCUGCGAGCGCGUCAGGUGCCAGCUGACCAGGGGGAGGCGCUGGCAGCUCAGCUGGGCGGGGUGUACUUCGAGGCCUCCGCCCGGGAGAGCCGCGAGGGGGUGCAGGCCGCUUUCCUCCACCUAUGCCAGGAGGUCAGCCGGGCGCUGGGAGGGACCAAUGGCGAGAAAAGGAAGGGUGGACUCCACCUGGCCAGACCCAAGUCUCCGAACAUGCAGGAGCUGAAAAGGCGAUUCCGGCAAGUUCUCUCCUCGAGAGUCAAGUCUGCCACCACCCUAUGAUUCCAGAAAACAAGAGGGCACUCUCAAGCGAGAACAAGAUUCAUAUCCGAGCCUGAGUGGGUUGUUACGGAGGUGACGAGAAGGACUCAUCCACAGACUAAUCGGAAGUUCAUUCAAACCAGGACAGCUUGUUUGUCUGAACAGCAGAACAGCGCAGCUGUAAUAUGGACAGUUUAACUUUGCUGUCAGACAGGCAGACUCCAAGCUUCCAGCAGAGUUGUGGCUGGUGAUAAGGGCUCGGUGAGAAUUUACUGUAGACAUCAGGUAUUUACCAGGGAAAUAAAUUUGCUUAGAAAAUCA